AAUCAACUUCAGGUGAGGAGUGGUCAUCCUGGAGUGUGUGUUCUGCCACCUGCGGGGAAGGCUGGCAGAGUCGCACUCGUUUCUGUGUGUCCUCCUCCUACAGCACCCAUUGUAGCGGGCCACUGCGAGAGCAGAGACCUUGCAACACCUCAGCAAUUUGUCCAGUUCACGGCACAUGGGAUGAGUGGUCACCGUGGAGUUUGUGUUCGUCCACCUGUGGCCGAGGUUACAGGGCCCGAACACGAACUUGUUCCCCCCCGCAGUUUGAGGGAAAACCCUGUGACGGACCAGAGAAGCAGACCAAAUUCUGCAACAUAGCCGUCUGUCCAGUGGAUGGGGUCUGGAAUGAGUGGUCCAGCUGGAGCUCCUGCUCCACUACAUGUUCCAAUGGGACGAUGCAGAGAACCAGGGAAUGCAACGGCCCCUCUUAUGGAGGUUCGGAGUGCAGGGGAGAGUGGCUGGAGACGGUUGACUGUUUCUUGCGGGAUUGUCCAGUGGAUGGGAAGUGGCAGCCUUGGUCCUUGUGGUCAGGCUGCUCAAAAACCUGUGGAGGGGGGACGCAGCUGAGGAACAGGGUUUGUUAUGGGCCCUUUUUCGAAGGACAGGAUUGUCCUGGAGAGAGACAACAAAUCCGUCACUGCAAUGAAAAGAGAUGCCCAGCACCUCAUGAGAUAUGUGAUGAGGACAAUUUCUCUAAGGUUGUGUGGAAGAUGACUCCUGCCGGGGAUACAGCAGCAGUACAAUGUGAUUCCAAUGCCGUAGGGGUUAUCCUGCGUCGCUGCUCUUUGGAUGAGGAGGGCAUUGCCUACUGGGAAAAUCCCACCUAUAUGAAAUGCAUUUCCAAUGACUAUCGCAAUAUACAAACCUUAACUCGGGAACACUUGUCCAAAGCACAGCGUGGCCUUGUGGGAGAUGGAGUUUCAGAAGUGAUGAACAAGCUGAGGAUGACAUCUGAUGAUGGAACAAGCUACAGCGGUGAUCUGUUGGCUAUCCUGGACGUACUGAAGAACCUGACAGAGAUCUUCAGGAGGGCGUACUACAGCCCCACGAGUGCAGACAUGAGGAACUUUGUGCAGACGGUGAGCAAUCUGCUGAUGGAAGAGAAUCGGGACAGAUGGGAAGAAGCACAACUGGUGAGAACCUCCCUCUCUCAAACA